AUGCCACUUGAAAGAUCUCUUUUUUUCUUUCGUCCUAUUCUAGAAAAAACCAGCGAUCCAUUUUUUCAUUCGAUAGCUUCAGAAUUUGCUGGUGUCGUUGUUGCCUUCGUUGUUGUCGCCGAUGUUGUUGUCGCUCUUGUUGUUGUAGCUGGUGUUGUUGUUGCUGAUGCUCUUGUUGUUGUCGUUGGCGUUGUGGUUGAUGUUGUAGUUGUAGUCGAGUUUGAUGUAGUUGUUGACGGAGCAUUACGGUAACA